AUGCGACCCGACCGCAUCCGGCAGCUGCGCCAGGAAACCGUCGACAUGUUCUAUCAUGGCUUUGAUAACUACAUGAAGAUCGCCUUUCCCGAAGACGAGCUUCGCCCCGUGUCUUGCACGCCGCUGUCGCGUGACGAAAAGAACCCGCGAAACAUCGAGCUAAACGAUGUCUUGGGCAACUACUCACUCACCCUCAUCGACAGCCUGUCGACACUGGCCAUCCUUGCCUCGGCCCCGCCCGAUGACCGCAACACCGGGCCAAAGGCUCUUCGAGACUUCCAGGACGGUGUGGCUGCCCUCGUCCAGCAAUACGGAGACGGAACCCCGGGGCCGUCGGGCAAGGGCCUGCGCGCCCGUGGCUUCGAUGUCGAUAGUAAGGUGCAGGUCUUUGAGACGGUUAUCCGCGGCGUCGGCGGGCUGCUGAGCGCCCAUCUUUUUGCCAUUGGUGCGCUGCCCAUCACCGGAUACAGCCCGCGCAAUCCUGGCGACGACCCGAUGAACCCCCGUCCCAUCCUCUGGCCAAACGGGUUUAGGUAUGAUGGUCAGCUGUUGAGAUUGGCUUUGGAUCUCGGCCAGAGGCUCCUCCCCGCCUUCUACACCAGGACGGGCAUGCCGUAUCCGCGCGUCAAUCUCCGCCAUGGAAUCCCGUUCUACGCCAACUCGCCCCUCCAUCGAGAUUCGCCGGUGAGAGCUGCCGAGGGCCCCCCAGAGAUCACGGAGACGUGCAGUGCUGGCGCCGGAUCCCUUGUCCUGGAGUUCACUGUUCUCAGUCGCCUGACUGGUGAUCCCAGGUUUGAACAGCUGGCGAAGAGGGCGUUCUGGGCCGUCUGGUCGAGGAAGAGCCAGAUAGGCCUCAUCGGGGCUGGCGUUGACGCUGAGAAGGGGCAUUGGAUCGGAUCCUAUGCCGUCAUUGGCGCCGGUGCUGACAGCUUCUUUGAAUACGCUCUCAAAUCCCACAUCUUGCUCUCGGGUCACGAGCUUCCCAACCAUACCUUCGUCCCACCGAAUUAUGGCGGCCCCUGGAUGGACCCCAACACACUGUUCCCGCCGCUGAGUGACGUGGAAAACUCGCCCGACACGUUCCUGAAGGCCUGGCAUCACGCACACGCCGCCAUCAAGCGCCAUCUCUACAGCGCGCGCGAUCAUCCUCACUACGACAAUGUCAACCUCUGGACAGGCUCCCUGGUCACAAACUGGGUCGACAGCCUGGGUGCAUAUUAUUCAGGGCUUCUUGUUCUCGCCGGCGAGGUGGACGAAGCCAUCGAGACAAACUUGCUCUACACCGCCAUCUGGACGCGCUACGCCGCCCUGCCGGAGCGGUGGUCGAUCCGGGACAAGACGAUCGAGGGCGGCCUCGGCUGGUGGCCAUUGCGGCCCGAGUUCAUAGAGUCGACGUACCAUCUGUACCGCGCCACGAAAGAUCCUUGGUAUCUUUACGUCGGCGAGAUGGUGCUCCGGGAUAUCACCAGACGGUGCUGGACCCCUUGCGGCUGGGCGGGGCUCCAGAACGUCCUUGACGGGGAGAAGAGCGACCGCAUGGAGAGCUUCUUUCUCGGCGAAACCGCCAAGUACAUGUACCUCCUUUUUGACGACCGGCACCCCCUGAAUGCACUCGACGCCGCUUACGUUUUUACCACCGAGGGCCAUCCGCUUAUCAUCCCCAGCGCCCCGCCAGGGCGUGAAGCUCGUCCUUCCAAGUCCGAUCACGAGGACUUGGCCGUUUAUUUUGACGAGGCAUUCACCAACUCGUGUCCGCCACGCCCGGCGACCACCCCUCUCUCUGGCUCGGUGAUUGCUGCCAGGGAUGACAUCUUCCACGCUGCGCGCAUGUUGGAUUUGCAUCUGCUCCCCACUUCUCGACCAACGGUCGACAGCGGUCAGAUAUCGGGGCAGCAGCACAUGGCCAGAUCCAACUUCACCCUUUACCCAUGGACUCUUCCGCCAGAACUGCUGCCGAGUAACGGUACCUGUGCCAAGGUUCAUCACCCUGAAGAGCUCAUUUUGGAGUUCGCGUCGAACGCGGGACAAGCAGUUGGCGGCAGCGCGUUCAACUUCAUGCUAGGGAACCAGAACAUGGAGCGUCUGAGUGCAGACCGCAUCCGUGUUUCCAGCCUGUCCGGCCUGAAGCUUACUAUGCACCUUGACGAGGAAGCCGGGCGAGAAUGGCAGGUCACCAACAUCAAUGGUGUACCCCUAGGCCGCGACGAGUUUCUCGUCUUUGACCGGUUCAUUUUGGGAGAGGUCUCGGACCCCAGGUUCAGUCUGGUCAGAGACCCCGUCGUUGUCAAGCUCCAGCAUUUACACCGACUUGAUCUCUUGGAUAACGAUACGGUCAGCAGCGAUCAGGAACCACAGCGAGAUGAGCAUGAACCGUCACAAUUUGAUCCGUUUGACGACGCCAAUCACUCGGCCGUCCUCGCAGACCUUGGCUCCCUCGUCAAAUCCAUCUUCACCCGCGUGGCCGCAUCCCUCGACCUCCAACUCCCCACCUCCCUCCCAAGCAUCGGAGGAGAAACCGCCUCGCUCCCAUUCAAUCUAGUCAUCAACCAAACCGCCGUCACCGCAACUGGCAUCGGCGCCGCACCCCUACCCUCCGUCUCGUCCCCGAGCGGCGCCCGCAUCCCCAGCUUCGGUCCGGUGCCUGAAGGCGCCUUCCCAUGGACGACCGUCUACGCAGCCGACGACGACGCCUGCUCGGGCCCGCUCCCAGACUCAGCGCCCCGCGAUCACCAGGUCAUUGUCAUCCGCCGCGGGGGCUGCAACUUCUCCACCAAGCUCGCCAGCAUACCCGCCUUUGCUCCCUCGCGGACCUCGCUGCAGCUGGUGGUGGUCGUGUCGGACGACGAACACGACGGUGGCGGCGACGACGGGGUCGGGCUGGUGCGGCCCCUGCUGGACGAGGUGCAGCGCACCCCGGGCGGGAUCCAGCGGAGGAAUCCGAUUGCCAUGGUCAUGGUCGGCGGUGGCGAGGUGGUGUAUCAGCAGUUGAAGGUGGCGAGCAGACUGGGGUUGGUGAGGCGGUAUUUCAUUGAGAGUCAGGGCGUCAGGGUGAGGAAUAUCGUUGUUGAUGAGGGGGAUAAGGAGGGAACUUCUGGGGGUUAA